AUGCCCAACUCUCACCCUCCUCCCGCACACCAGCGCCGCGCGCGAAAUUCGAGAGAUAUGCCUCGUCGCUCACGAUCCUCGCGAGAAUAUACACACGAUCCAAAAGCGGACGCUACCGUGCCGCCGCACUCUUCUGCUGGACAAAAGCAUCACCGUGGCUUACAUCUCCCGCAAUAUAAUCACAAUGGACACAGAGUGACACCCGGAAUCCAACCCGAUGGCGAGAGUGGGAGGCGUGGUUUUCACCCUUUCAAGUUUCUCCAGAUCUGCUUCAGGAGUAAUAGCUUCAUCUCCAAAUGGGUGAAUUUGUUAUGGCCCAUCGUUCCUGUAGCUAUUGCACUGCACUUUGCCCGCCCAGAUCUACCACUCGCCAUUUUCGUCACCAACUACAUUGCCAUGGUCCCAGCCGCUAACAUGGUUGGUUUCGCUGGAUCGGAAUUCGCUCGCAAACUCCCCAAGGUUCUCGGCGUCGUUGUCGAAACCACCUUUGGCUCCAUCGUCGAGAUUAUCCUCUUCAUGGUACUGCUCAAGACUGGUGGAGACCAGAAUGUCCAGGUUAUUCGAUCCGCUAUUCUGGGUUCCAUCUUGGCCAACAUGCUGCUGUGCUUGGGUUUCUGCUUUGUAGCUGGAGGUCUGCUAGGUGGUGAACAAGUUUUCCACGAGGCCGUUUCUGAAGCAGGCAGCGGUCUGAUGCUGGUUGCAGGAAUGGGUCUGGUUCUCCCGACCAUAUACUACAACGCCCUCAACGGCAGGACGGAUCUGACUAUCGCCGGAGGCGAAUCCGAAAUUGCAGACGAGAUGCUCAAGAUCUCCCGGGCUACGGCCAUCAUCCUGCUUGCGGCUUACCUUGUCUUUCUCUUCUUCCAGAUGAAGUCGCACGAUAAUCUGUUCGCUGAAAUCUAUGAAGCCGACGAGCUUGUCGACAAGGACCGACACGAAGAACUCGCCAAGCCAAAGCUCACUCUUACAGAGUGCAUUGUUGCGCUGGUCAUUUCGCUGGCCUGUGUCUCCAUGAUCGCAGUAUUCCUGGUCCUUCAGAUCCCGUACAUGGUUGAAGAGCGACACAUCAGCGAUGCGUUCGUUGGUUUGAUCUUGAUUCCUGUGGUAGAGAAGUUUGCUGAGCAUCUCCUAGCCAUUGACGAAGCCUACGACGGCCAAAUGAACUUGGCCCUCGCGCACGUCCUCGGAGCAUCCAUCCAGACAGCUCUCCUCAACACCCCCCUAGUCAUCAUCGUUGGCUGGGGUCUCCACAUCAACAUGGAUAUGAAGUUCGAGAUCUUCGAUUCAGUCUCUUUGAUCCUUGCUAUUCUCGUAGUCGGGUCUUUCUUGCGCGACAAGAAGUCCAAUUACCUCGAAGGAACAUUGUGUAUCUUUGUAUACCUCAUCAUUGCUGUUGCUGCGUUCUAUUACCCCAAUCCGGCUGGCCAUGGGGGUGGCGGUGGUCAUGGAGAAGAGGCAGCUCCAGCGGGAGAACAUCAUUAA